AUGUAUGCUGAUGACACAGUCAUAUAUUCAUCAAGCAAGUCGUUGGAUGAAAUUGAACAUUGUAUAAAUUUGGAUGCAAAUAUCAUUCACGAUUGGAUGAAGGAAAAUUGCCUAAUUCUUAAUCCAAAAAAGAGCAAAACAAAAUUUGUCGUCUUUGCGUCCCGAAAACCACAAGCCUCUGUCAAUAUUGUGAUCGAUCAAAAUGAUAUAAACCAACCAGAUUAUUACGAAUACCUUGGGAUUCAACUGAAUACUCACCUUAACAUGAACCAUCACCUUAAAAAAACAUACAAGCGUAUAACCUCACGCAUCAAACUUUUAUAUAAAAUACGUUACAAAAUUUCUCCAAAUGUUGCUGAAACCAUCUUUAACUCAAUGAUCCAUCCACUGUUCUUUUACUGUUACGACAUAUUUGGUGGAAUGAAUAAAACAUGGAUUGGAAAAUUUGAGUCCUUGCUAAGAGCUAAGCACAUCAUCAAAACCCGCAACCAGAAUUGGUCAACAUUCGUCACUCAAAGAAAACGGAAAGUAGCAAUUGAUGUGUUCAAAGCCGUUAACGAUAUUACUGUUGACAACGGAAGCUGGAAUAAGCUUCAUUUGUGUAAUUCCUUGUCCGAAAAAGUAGAACUGCUUGAAGACACCAUUUAUAAUGAGGCAGCACAAAUCUUUGGUCACUCAGUUCAUAAGGGUGGCAGAAAGCUGUCAGGAAAAAGCCGAAGAACUAUUCAAUCCAUCAAUCUAAUUAAAGAGAAAAAUUCCCUAACUAGUCAAAUACAGUCAUCCUGCUACCUAAGUCAAAGGAAGGAAUUACACCAACUUCUUACGGAUGUAAAAGGUCGAAUAACUUUAUUGCGCCGAGCUGAAAGGUCUAGAAAAAAACGCCACCAAUUCAAAAAAGCCCAGACCGCCUUUAAGAACAAUCCAUACAAGGCAGGAAAAGACCUUCUUGACCCGAAGUGCAAAUCAGUUUUAAGGGUCGAACAAGAAACGCUGGAUAACUUUAAACUUGAAUCAGUUAAAGACAAAUUGUAUGAUGUACCUUUAGGUAAUCUAGAUGGGUUAUCAUCCACUCCACCUCUUUUGAAAUCGUUUCCAGUUUCUCUCUUUAAAUAUGAAGAUUUUAUGAAUGUUCUUGGCACUCGGCGAAAUGGCUCUUCCCCAGGUAUCAAUGGGAUACCUUAUAAAUCUUGUUUCAAAAAUUGUGUUGUCCCUAUUCAAUGGCGUUGUGCUCGUGAAGUUUAUAUUCCCAAAUCAAAAACUCCUAUGGAGUCUAAUAUUAAAGACUUUCGACCUAUCGCAUUAUUAAAUGUCGAAGGCAAGCUUCUAUUUAGCCUUGUAUCAAGGCGAUUAGAAGCUCACGUUAUACAUAAUAACAAAUUCAUUAACACGUCGGUUCAGAAGGGUUGUAUGGAGAAAGUCCCAGGAUGCUGGGAACACAUGUCAAUGGUUUGGUCUGCACUUAAAGAGGCCCGGGCCAACAAAUCACACCUUGCAAAUAUAUGGCUGGAUAUUGCAAAUGCAUAUCCUUCAAUUCCACACAAGCUUAUAUUUUUUGCACUGGAAAGGUAUGGAGUCCCUCAGAGUUGGAUAUCAUUCAUUAAGUCAUACUACGUUGGUUUAUAUAGCAAAUCGUUUUCUUUGUCUGCACCAAGCAACUGGCACAAGCAUAUGCGAGGUAUUUUUGCAGGUUGCACUCUUUCCAUCAUUUUGUUUCUUGCUGGUAUAAACAUUAUUCUUGAAUACACUAUUGCGGCACCGGCCCCAAAUUAUAUUACUUCUAAAAACGUGCCCCUUCCUUUAGUCAGAGCUUUUAUGGAUGAUAUCAACCUAAUGUCAUCCUCUGUCUGUGGAGCUCAAAGCCUCCUUUCCAGGUGCGUCACUGCUUUAAAAUGGGCUGGCAUGAGUUUUUGCCCUCGUAAGUCAAGGAGCAUAAUCCUUAUAAAAGGUAGAUCUGUAAACUCCACACCUUUUUCUGUGUCUCACAUCUCGUCACAAACCGACUUCUCUUCAUUCAUCCCGUCAAUCCAUUCAUCGCCAGUUCGUUUUCUCGGUCGCAUUAUUGAUGGUACGAUUUCAGAUGCUAAAGCAAUCGACGAGCUAGAUAAUAAGCUAAUAACCGGUCUUACAAUCAUAAACGGUUCGUGUUUCAAAGGGACCCAAAAACUAUGGAUUUUGCCAAACCUUCUAAUUCCUCGAAUCCAAUGGCCAAUUCUUAUUUAUGAAGUUCCAAUAUCUCGGGUUACAAGGCUGGAGCAGAAGAUAUCAACUUUUAUUAGAAAAUGCACAAUUCCACGUCAAAUAUUUGCCUAUAUAGCUCCUGCUCGCCUUGUCCAAUGCCAAUUAAGAGCUUGA